GUAAAUAACUUUGAUUUAGUAGUUCGCGAAUAACUAAAUAAAAAGCACUAGCGUCACUUAAGUCAUGCAAACUAUUCUUAAGCGAUCGGACAUAAUAGAUUCCAAACGAAUAUGAUUAUUAUUUCUAAAUACUAGAUAAAACACUUUCGAAGCAUGGCUCAAUGCCAGAUGGUAACAUAACAUACACUGAGAUAAUAGAUUUCAAGCUGUUAUGCACUUCAAAUUCCGUAUUUUAACUAUCUCAAUCCACUUGUGGUAAAUUUAGAAGCCAGAUUGUUUGUGCAUGGGAAGAACGUCAUUGUUGAUGUUAAACAGAAAUAUGAGCAUCUGUUAUAGUAUACUAUAAUGAUUGCGACUUACACCUCUUAUCAAACCUACACGCCACACUGUGUUACCUCUGCUUAGAUGUAUUGUGAAAACGUGUCCCGGCAUUGCUGGUCAACUUUAUAAUUCCCGUUCUAUUCUCCAACGUUGGAGAGAAACGCACAUCCAAUGAACGUAUGAGUGUCAGUGAAACGGUGUAAACCCUUAUCAGUAAUUUUGAUAACAGCCUGAAAUGGGUAAACUUGUAUAUUCUAAGCGAAGUUUUCAACAGUGAAAAAGGCAGACCCAGGCCUAUUUGUUGAUGAAAAAAGUUAAGCUCCGAACCGCAAAGUCCCUGUGAAUGUGUAUAUUUUUCUUGGCCAUAUAGUUCCUUUUAAAAGUAGUGCUGUUUUGAUUUAAUAAAAUACGUGCUAACAAAAUUUCUAUAAAACAACGUGCCUCCACAAACUGAGUUUGAGCAAAUCAAGCGCGAGGGAAGCAGCUAAAAAAACACAUACGUCAUCCCAUCUUGCGUUCCAUUGCACAGAAGAGCCAAUCUUUUCGCGGUGGUGCGAUGGCAAUAUGCAUCAAAAAAGGAAAUUUGAAACGAGAAAAAACACCCCUUUAGCAUUCUAUCGCUCCAUUUCUCAUUCACUCGAAAACGGCCUAUCCAAAUCAGAUGGCUGCAGAGUGCACACGGGACAUAAACACUCGACGUUUGCGUUUGCCAAGAUUCGGCAGCAUUCUCUUAGUUUUAGCCGGCGUCAGGCACGAUACUGUUUAAAAGUGAAAUUAUACAUUUCAACACCGUUCGUUGUUUGCUGAAGUGAAAUGAGAAAGCUGUGGUAGUGCCAUAAUCAGUCUAUGUGUGUUUUUCUAUCGUUGCUUAAAGCACGUGAGCGCAAUAGACGAAUUUACGUAGCAAGCGUACAGUAAAUAUCUGUUUAAACAAAUAAUCAUGAUCAUACACUUAACACAGUUUUGAAUUUUUCGAUCAGCUGUUCAAACGCUAGAACACAGUGGCACGGUCCAGAUAUCAGUACAGAGACGCAAGGAAAAUAUAAAGUGAGUCGCAUAGUGAUCCUCUGUUAGAACUGACUGCGCGUGGUGUUUUAUGAAAACGAGCCGAGACACAUUCCAUUGCCGUGUUAGAUUGGUUGAGUGCCAAAUUACCUCUUUUGCAUUCAAUUCACGUCCCUACGUAAGCGCUAGAACCAAAUAGGAGUGCCGGAAAACUGCGUUGGGAUUUUAUGUCUGAAACUGUUGUGCGUAGUGAUUGCCAUAAGCAUAUGUACGAUUCUAUACCGUGAACGAAAAGAAUAUUGCGAUGGCUCGCUAUUUUGGGAGUGUAUGCAAAGGCACGUUUGGUUUGAUGCCAUUGGUAUAUCAACAAUAUCAACGAUGCUAAUCGAAUAGUGGUGUUAGUGAAAACAAUGUGCAAUUUUCAAAAUCGUAGCUUGUAGCAUCUGUUACUAAUCCGACAGCCUAACUAACUCUAUGGCCAACACCAUUUACGUCUGUUCGGUACGUUUCGCGGCGUUCUUGCAUUCACGGUAGUGACAUUGAUAAUGAGUGUCGGCAAAACACACUGCCAAACCUAUGUGGUGGUAGAUUUGUGAACGAUCGUGUGUUGGUUAAGUCGCGGAUACGAUAGGGUAUAGAUACGAUAGCACUUACGCGCAUGGCUGUAUGCGAGUGCAGAAUGCGAUCGUGUGAGUAAGAAGAAGUGUCAUUUUGAAUCGGAAAACAUGAGGUGUAGUUCGUGUAUCAGUGGCAACCGAGGUAGUCAAUCGAGUAGCGACUAUGGAUCAACAUCAGCGGUGAAGGCGAAUAGAACAGCUGAUUUGGUACACAGCCACCAGAACAUGGAUCAACAACCGGAUGGAGAGCAUAGCCCCGAGUAUAGGGUGGAUUCGCCUUCCUCAAAACAAGAGUGCCUAAACGGAAUGUCCACUGUUGCAGGUGAUUAUCGCCAUCCAUCGAUAAUAAUCGAAGAGCUCGAGGAUGUUUACGACGACGACAACGAUAACGGUGCCGUUGCAGAUAGGGAAAGAAACCCAUCUACAAUCUUCCAACAGUACGAGGACAGUCAUGAUCCAGCCGGUGAUAAUUUUAUUCGUCUCUCAACACACCCUUCGCGGCUAGAAGUGAUACGAGAAGAAGAAACCAGCGAAUGCAGUGACAGUGAAUAUUCACACAUUUUACCGGCAAACGAUCACACAGUUCAACUAGCGCCUGUGAAUAAUUUAGUUGAUGAAGCAGGUGGAGACGAAAACACUGUUGCGCACGUAACAACCAAAUUCAGUCCGGCAAAUGUACUGCGCGAGUUUAUAAAACACCAUCAACGGAGAAAGCGGCGACGUGAUAUUCCGCGCCAGGGCGCUUCAACUCGAUUUCAACAAAAAGAGCAUCAGGUUGCAACAACGUGUAUGUUAGUAGACACCAAGGAGAGCGACAUGGCACCACUUGAGUACAGAAGCAUUUGCACCACGGAAACGGUCAAUAAUGAAAUGAUGCAGGCUGAAGUAAUCAAUAUCGGUUCAAACUCAAGCAGUCUGGAUGAUCUUAGCGAUUUAGACGCGGACAAUUGGGAGAAAACACCUGCACACCUUGAACUAAAACUUGUCGAUACACCCAGUUUUGAAGAAUUUAUCGAUCAUAUAGAUGCCGACGAACCAACUGAUCCGCAUAUUUGUAAGGCAAAUGACUGUACGCAAAAUCUUGCGAUUUCAGGAGAUCAGUGUUUACAGUACGACAUUCUCAACCACAGUGGAGAUUCUGCAACGCAUGCGCAGGCUAGCAAUUUUCAGCCAAACCAAAUGCGCGAGUAUGAAGACGCUAUUCUUAAUGAUUCUACGUUAAGUGGUGGCGUUCGUGAUGAUCUGUGUGAGCUUCACAAUGCUGAGAGAGCCAACCGGCAGGUCCAUAACGUAGCGAAGGAGAUGAGCGAGUAUAGAAAUACUCUAAAGAGCGGAGCAUCCGAUACAACCGUAGCAACUGAAAAUUGGUCAUCGCUCGGGGUUAGUAGCUCCUCUGUAGUAGUCGUUGAUCGUGAUCGCGCAUCGGCUGUCCUCGGUAAUAAUCACAAUGCCAUUACGGCUUUGAAGGAUCCGCCAUUCUCAGUGAUCGAUCGUGAUCGUGCAUCAAAGUUCGGCAUCGAUUCUACGGUGAAUCAUUGUGUUCGGGACGAGGAAACACCAUCGCUAAUCGAGAAAAACAUGUACCCCUCGGAGGCAGACUCUACUGUUGAAACUGUUGUGAAAAAGGAAAAUCAAACUGUUCAGACACCUACACCGCAACCCAUUCCUGCGCCGCGAGUGGUGGCAAAACCGGCAAUCCCGUUGCCUCCACCUCCGGUACACGAAAAGGCAAACGUGACUAAUCUGGGUCAACUUUCGGCCGAUUCAGCAGAAAUCAACAGAUCUGACACACCACCCCUUGCACAGUUAGUUCCGCUGACCGUAGAGGCGCUCUCGUCGAAUUCGACCGGAUCUUCUACCAUUGGGCAAAAUGCUCAAACUCAUAGUAGCGGUCAUCAUAGUAAAAGUGAUCAUGCAAAUGCUAAUCAAACUAGUACGGAAGAUUGUGUCGAUGCAGUAGCAUCACCUGAGCGGCAGACAAUUUUGAAAAGCGCUUCGUGCGAUGAUCAAAGUGUUUUAUUCAAAUUAAUACAAGACCAAGGAAGCACCGCGAGCUCAUCGGAAAGACAUCAUCAAGAAAACGCAGAAAAACUCUGCAAAGUUUCCCCGGCAAUCCAUGCCCAGAGUGGUUGCACGGUAGCUGAUUUGACACGAAACCAAGCGGCCCAUGGGAGCAACAUCGACCGUGAACCAAAAAUAGAACAGAGCGAUGUAGAUCACGGUGGACAGAAUUCAUGUGCCAGUUAUGAAGAAACUAUUGUUCGGUUGCCCUCAAAUUCACAAAAUACUAGUUAUGAAACAGUUACUAAUGGGAGUACCAAUACGACUGGAACACACAUAUUUGUAAGCCAGCAUAAAACUGUGCACAAAGAUCAAUCAAAAUUUCCAAACCGGUGUGCAGAACCGUUAGAAAUUGCAAAUGAUUCCUCCACCUCACCGCACCAACCGAAGGAAGUAAAGGUAGCCGAUAUGCGUACAGAGAUCAGUUUCUUAAAAGAUGCUGAAUUACAGGAAGAAUUUCGCAAACUGGAAAUAGAAACGGCCAGAUUUGAAAGAGAGCUGCAACAAAUCACAGUACCCUCCCAUGAGUCCAAUCCACCAAGGAAUGCUGAGCCCGGCAGAAAAUAUUUUGUCUCAAAACAGAGGGAUUUUGCUAUAGAAAGAUCUAGCGUUGCCAAUAUCAAUAAUACGAUGAUGAUAAGCACUGGGGUUGGUACUGGUUCUGACAAUCGACAAAAAGAUGACAGUCUUAAUACGAUUGAUCAACUUGAACAACAUGAUCUGCAAAGAUCAUUCAUCAAUAACCAUCGCGCAAAUAAUGCUACCGUUGCAUCCGGCCUUGGACCAAUUCCUCCACCUCCACCACCACCUAACACUUUAACUGAACCCGCAACAAAUAGCGAAGAAACGUUCACCAAAAAAGUCAAAGAUCGUGUGCGAGAAUUAAUGGCAUCGCAGGCCGCAGCUGAAGAAGCAAACCACGUCAUCAAAUUACGCGGCGGUGGAUUUGCCAGCGCACCAUCGACACCUACAGCAAGCCGGAAAAACAUCGAAGCAGAGUUUAAAGAGUUUAGAGAAAUCCGUCAACGCGAAGCGAUCGCCGACAGGCAGCACUUUGAAUCUACGACUACGCCCAACAUCAACGUUUCGACAAAACAACAACCUACUCAUACCGGUGAGUCUGCGGAACGACGGGAUCAAACUAACAGCGCAAGUAGGUCCUGGAUGUCCGUUCUAGUCCCAAUCACCGUUGGGAUAGUUGUGUGGAGUGUCGUCCGUCUCAUAUCACCCUCUUUCCGCAAAUGAUCAGCAAUGUCUUCCGUUUCAUAAUAUCCUUUUUCCACAAGCGUUCUGCAAUAUGUUUAACUUUGUGUUUGAAAUUUGUAACCUUUUUUGUGAACGGCUUUUAUAGACAUAUAACAAUCCAUUUUUUGUUGUACUUUCCAUACAUAAAAUACUCAUUAAAUUGUUUUGUGCGUGAAGACUGGUCCUUAUCAUACGAUAUAAAAAUGCUUUGUUCCCAAUGAUUCCCUAAAAACAAUGACAGAAACUGUGAAUGACUGUAAAAUAAUCACAAUAAAUAAUUAGUGCGAUUUAAAUCCUACAA